AUGGUCCGUUUCGUCUUCUUUUUUGCGGCUCUUCUCUUCAUGGUCCCAAUGCUCAUCAAUUCGGCGCUGAUCGACAAGGACCGCGGUUUUCCGAAGGGAAAAGGCAGUUGCGACAAGAUCUUCAUGGUAUACAUCAACAGUAUCUGCCGAGGAAACGCCGAAAAAGGUGAGCCGAGGGUGAUCUGAGCGGGACCAAACUUGGCAAACUUCUUGGACUUGGGGGUUCAAGUGUUUUGGGUCCAAGUUUCAGAUGGAUCCAAUCAUCUGGUCCCGAGAUAUGUGGAUUUUCGCAAAAACUUGGUCUGAUCGGCUAGGAUCCACAAAUAUCUCGGGACCAGAUGAUCGGAUCGAUCUGAAACUUGGACUCAACAUACUUCAACCCUAGUCCUAAAAGUUUGCAAAGUUUGGUCCCGAUCGGAUCAUUGCAAGUAGGCUUUUUCAGAAAUCGUUUCGGAAGUGGCCAAGUACUGCUGCGUGAACAGCUGCAAUGAACACUUCAUCAUAGCCAAGACUUGCCCGAUCUACGCUUCGGACUAA